UAAACAUCAAAUCUUCAAAUUGUUCGACACGAACGUAUAACUUAGAGCGUUUCUUGCAAUCGAUCGGAAGAAAAGAAAAUGCAAAUUCAGCGGUUUGAAUCUUUACUGCUCUUGGCAAGUUUGUUUAAUAUUCAAAAUGCUUUCUGUAAUGAGGUAUACGUAACACAUAACAUAGAAGACGUAUUAAAAAGAUUUCAACAUUUGGAAGAUAAAGUUGCAGCCCAAAGUACUGAAAUUAGAGAUCUUCGUGUAAUGAAUGCAAAUUUACGCAAAUCAGUAGCAGAAUUGCAAGAUAAAGGUUCUGAAAAGUAUCAACCAAAGCGUUUUGUAUUGAACGAUGAAGGACCAGUAGCAUUCACGGCAGCUAUUAAACCAUUGUUAGUUGAUCAUGUCAAACAUAUGGACACGAUAAAGUUUGAAACAGUGAUAACGGAUAUAGGGGGAGGCUACAACAACCAGACAGGCGUGUUCGUUGCUCCACAAACAGGUAUCUACAUGUUCAGUUGCUCCUUGAUGGAUCAUGUGGCACCAAGUGGUGUCAUGUUACAUGCUGAAAUUGUACACAACCAGCGUGUACUUGGCCGAAUAUUCGCUCAUGCUGAAGGGACAACUUAUCGUGACCAGGGUGCCCAGACAGUGUUUACACACGUUAACCAAGGCGACCAAAUAUUUGUGAGAUCAAUUGACAACCCGGAUCUUGGACUUGGUGGAGAAUUAUAUUCAACAUUUUCUGGUUACUUGCUUCUUGCAAUGUAAUAAUAUCUUCAUUAAUAAAAAUUGAAAAUCAAAA